AUGUUGGUGGUACAGGGGGUGGAGGUGGUGGAGGUGGAGAUGGUUGUAGAGGUGGUGGUAGAGGUGGUGGCAUUGGUGAUGGUGGUCGUGGUGGAGGUGGUGGUGGAGGUAGAGGAGGUGGUGAUGGUGGUAAAGGAAGUGGUAGCAGUGGUGACAGUGGUGAUGUUGGUGGCGUUGGUGGUGGUGGAGGUGUUGAUGGAGGUGGUCAUGGUGGUGGAGGUGGUAGUGGUGGUGGAGUUGGUGGAGGUGGUAAUGGUGGUGGUGGUGGUGGUUGUGACGGUGAUGGUGGACGUGGAGGUGGUUGUACAGGUGGUGGUGGAGGUGGUGGUGGUGGUAUUGGCGAUUGUGGAGGUGGUGGUGGAGAUGGUAGCAGUGGUGGAGAUGGUGGUGGUGGAGGCGGUGGUGAAGGUGCUGGAGGUGGAGGUGGUUGUAGAGGUGGUGCAGGUGGUGGAGAUGGUGGUGGUGGAGGUGGCAGAGGUAGUGGCAGUGGUGAUUGUGGUGCAGGUGGUGGUAGUCGUGGAGGUGGUGGUGGUGGAGGUGGUGGCAGUGGUGAUUGUGGUUGAGGUGGUGGUGGUGGUGGUGGAGGUGGUGGUGGUGAAGGUGGUAGUGGUGCUGGUGGCAAUGGUGGUGGUGGAGAUGGUAGCAGUGGUGGAGAUGGUGGUGGUGGAGGCGGUGGUGAAGGUGCUGGAGGUGGAGGUGGUUGUAGAGGUGGUGCAGGUGGUGGAGAUGGUGGUGGUGGAGGUGGCAGAGGUAGUGGCAGUGGUGAUUGUGGUGCAGGUGGUGGUAGUCGUGGAGGUGGUGGUGGUGGAGUUUGUGGAUGUGGUGGUGGAGGUGGCGGUGCUGGUGGUGGAGGUUGAGGUGAAGGUGGUGGAGGUGGUGAUGGUAGUGGUGGUGGAGGUGACUCUGAUGGUGGCGGUUGUAAUGGUGGAGAUGGUGGUGGAGGCAAUGUUGGUGGUGUUGGUAAUGGAUAUGAUAAUAGUGGUGGCAGUGGAUAUGAUGGAGGUGGUGACAGUGGAGAUGGUGCAGGUUGUGAAGAUGAUGGAAGUGGUAGAGGUGGUGGUGGCGAUAGCAAUGGUGAGAAAGAGUGGAAAUGGCAGUGGCAGUCCUUGUGACCGUGGUGGUAAUGGUGGUAGUGGUGGAGGUGAUGAAGGUGAUGGAGCUGGUGGAGGCGGGUCGCCUUCCUCCUCAGACAAGAUGUCUUAUCAGAAAAAGCAGCCCACCCCUCAGCCCCCAGUGAGCUGUGUGAAGACCUCCGGCGGCGGCGGCGGCGGCGGCGGCGGCUUCUAUAGCGGCGGCGGCGGAUCUGGCUCCUCCGUGGGCUCCUCCGGCGGCGGCUCUGUCUGCGGUGGGGGCUCCUCCGGCGGCGGCGGCGGCUCUGGCUACUACUCCUCGCAGCAGACCACCCAGACCUCGUGCGCACCCCAACAGAGCUGCGGAGUGGGGUCCUCCGGCGGCGGCUCCUCUGGGGGUGAAGGCGGCUGCUUCUACAGCGGUGGGGGCGGCGGCGGCGGCGGGGGCGUCUGCGGCGGUGGCUACAGCGGAGGCAGCUCUGGGGGCGGCUCUGUCUGCGGAGGUGGCUCCUCCGGCGGCGGCGGCGGCUCCGGCUAUAGCACUGGCUCCUCCGGGGGUGGCUCCGGGAGUGGCAAGGGCGUCCCGGUCUGCCACCAGACCCAGCAGAAGCAAGCGCCUACUUGGCCAUGCAAAUAA